UUCCACUUCUGUACCCGCCGGUCGGACUGUUUACAUUACCGUAAAUAUUUCUGGGAUGAUCGAUGUUUACGAAUUAAUAAAAGGGUACAAAUUCAAAAUAUACUAAUCCACUAUUGCAUAGAGCCGUUGUUAAUUAGAUCAAGCAUGGCAAAUGUUCAAGGAAUUGACAAGAUUCAAGAUUCGUUGGGGUAUUUGGUAUUGACGGAAGACGGUGCAGUUAUAAGCUCUGGAGGGGAUAUGCAGAAUGCUGAGGCCCUAGCUGAUCAAUUAACAAAGCUUGUGUACACAGCCAGUAGAGUACCAGUGUCCCCAGAUAGGAGGGAAACCUUUCAGAAAAUCUCAGUGAUAUGGGAAGACUUCAUGUAUGUUAUCACAGUGUCCAACCACAAAAUCUAUGUCUGCAAGAGACCUUACUCUCCUCAAGAUCCAGCGGUUGCUUAAAGAAAAGGUGUGCUGACAUUUGAUAUAUAUACUAGUCCUAGUGGAACAAUGGAGUCAGGGGCAUAUUUCUUGAGGACAGAUUUUGUUCAGUGUAUAGCCAGGAGGAAUAUGAUGCAAGUAAUAAGAUGGCUAAUGUAAUUUUUUAUGUACAGUUUAAUUUGUGCUGGCACACAAGGACAGUGAACAAAUAAACUAUACAGAAAUACAUGUACUAGUUUUUAAAAUGCUUUGUACUUUACACUUUUUUUUAAUUAUUAUUCUAUCAGAUGCUGUAAAUACAGGUUUGAAUUUUGUAAUGCAUGUACCUGUGUAUGAUUCAUACUUGCAUACUUCAUGCUGUCAUUAUCAAUUGAUCAUUGCGUACUAUCACAUGGUUUCUCCAUAUCAUAGGCUGUGUGGUAUUGCAGUAAAUUUACUGUAUUUUUUUUUUGUCAGAAGAGUGUACUAUCAUGUCACUAUUGGAAUUGCUAAAUUUAAAUAAAAAAAGAAUAAACAUGA